UUGGCCGAGCCGCCAGUCCCUCUGGGACGUUCUCGGGAGGUGUGUGUGGCGCAGGAGGAUUUUCCCCGUUGUCUCUCCAGGUUCCCGAGGCGUCAUGGCGGAUGCUGCAGAACGUGACGGAGGAGACAGUAUGGAGCCGGACACCAAGGAGAGCGAGUCGGCGGGCACGGCAGCGCCUGGGGAUGGUGGGGGGUCCCGGGCUGAGGCUGGGGAGAGCGAGGACGAGGAGGACGUGUUCGAGGUGGAGAGUAUCCUGGACUCCAAGAUAGAGGAGGGUGAAACGUUGUAUCGUGUCCGGUGGAAAGGAUAUGAUUCUGAUGGUGAUACCUGGGAGCCAGAGGCCCAUCUGGAUGACUGUAAAGAAGUCCUUCUUGCAUUUAAACGCAAACAAGCGGAAAGUAAACAGAAAUCAGCCAAGAAGGAAACACCUAAAUUAUCUUUAAGUGAUGUUUACGAGGCAGAUUCUGACAGUGAGCCACAAGGAGCCAGAAAAGAUGCAUCCCCACACAAAAAGAAAAAAAAAUCUAGAGAUGAAGAGGAUGAUGACAAGGAUGAUUUAAAGAAAAAGAAAGCAAAGUCUGGAAAAUCAAAAGAGCGAACUAAAUCUGAGUCAGAGCCAGCAGAGAACCAGUCUCCAGAACCUAAACCAAAGAAAAGGACAUCCGAAGGCAAAGAAGAUUUGAACAACAAAAAGCAAAAGAAAGAAGAUUCUAAAGAAUCAAAAAAAACUAAGAAAGAAGACAAUAAAGACUCCAAAACGAAGAGCAAAGAAGAACAUAAAGAGAAAAAGCACAAGAAGGAAAAACCAAUUGAAUCCGAACAACCAAGUCAAGCAGAUGAGUUUUCCCAAGAUCCUGUGUCAGAAAAUAUGAGCAUCGACCAGGCACCAGAUGAGAAAGCAAAAACCAGUCAAGGCACAGAGGACAAAAGUCGAGAGGCCAGUCCUGAAAAGACUAGUGAUCUACAUGGUAUGGAAGAUGAAUCUGAUGAUGUGAAAUUGAAACGAAAAAAGAAAAAGAAACACAAAAAAAUAAAAACCGAUAGAGUUGAUGAAGUAAAGUCAACACCCACUGAAGAGGGCCAGCUGGAAAAAAAAAGUCUUCCAAAAAAGCCAAAAGUCUUUGAAAAGGUGAAGGAGCCACCUGCUGUAGAGAAACUCCCAGCUCCAAUUCAAAAGAACUCUAGACCAAGCACUGAGGAGAAGACCCGGAGGUCACUGGAAACUUCAGUAGAGGAUAAAGAGGCCAGAAAGCCAGAUACAGGAAAAGAGAAACCGAAGAAGAAACAUGACUCUGAGAAAGAUCUGAAAAAAGAGCCGAAGGUGGUGAAAAAUGCCAAGGAACCCAAAAGUACAGCGAGUGCAUUUUCCAUAUCGUCUGAAGAUGUGAAUGAAAUCAUGGAGAAUUCUCGAAAGCGAGAAGACCCCUCAUUUGAUCAUAGGAUUGCAGAAGAACCAAAACUUAAAGACCUGAAGCCAGUAUUCAAAGAAAGAAAAAGUACAAGGGAUGAAUCUGACCCAUGGUCUUUUGCAGCUUCUGAGGGGGAUCAGGAGGUGAUGGACCCAGUAUGUCACCUGCAGGAAAAUUCUGCUGCUUUAGAUAGUAAGUCCCAGUGUAUGGGACUAGGGAUGGACUUACAGCUGGAAUGGAUGACUCUGGAAGACUUUCAAAGCCACCUUGAUGGGUCUGAUGAGAUUCUUCCCACAGAAACUAUAUCAAACGGUGCAUUGAAAGAUGCUGUCAAAAAUGGAGAUUACCUCACAGUAAAGUUUGCCCUUAACUCAACGGAGGAGUACAAUUUAGAUCAAGAGGUAGAUUCUAGCGGAAUGACACUUGUAAUGAUGGCAGCUGCUGCUGGACAGGAUGACCUUCUAAGGCUUCUUAUAAAGAAAGGCGCAAAGAUAAACGCAAGACAAAAGAAUGGGACCACGGCCCUGAUCCAUGCUGCAGAAAAAAAUCAUCUAACCACUGUGGCCCUUCUUUUGGAGGCUGGGGCCUAUGUGAAUUUGCAGCAAAACCUUGGUGAAACAGCCCUGAUGAAGGCAUGUAGAAGAGGAAAUUAUGAUAUUGUGCGUCUUUUGAUAGAACAUGGCGCUGACUGUAAUGUACUGUCAAAGCACAACAACAAUGCUUUACAGUUUGCUAAUCAGUCCAAUAAUGUGCUGUUAUCUGAACUGCUUAGAAACCAUAUGGAAACGCUUACCCGAGUGGUGGAAGAUGCCAUAAAGGACUAUUUUGAGAAUCGACUUGCACUGCUGGAUGCGGUUUUUCCAAUUGCUUGUCACAGACUGUGUGAAGGACCAGAUUUUUCUUUGGAUUUCCACUAUAAGCCUCCAUCCAAAAUACCAGAAGGAUCGGGUGUCUUAUUGUUUGUAUUUCAUGCAAACUUUUUUGGUAAAGAAGUUGUGGUGAGACUCUGUGGGCCAUGCAGUGUACAGGCGGUGGUAUUAAACGACAAAUUUCAACUCCCAAUAUUUUUGGACGCCCACUUCAUUUAUUCCUUCAGUCCCAUUAUUGGUCAAAAUAAACUGUUUAUUAGAUUGUCAGAGGUACCAACAGCAAAGGUGAAGCUGCUAAUUUGUGCAUAUAGAGUUCAGCUGCAGUAAAUCAAGAUGCAUCUCCUGGCUCUCUCCUCCUUCCAUUUCAUACUAAAGUGGCAAUCCAUUUGGUGUACCAAGAUACUGUAACAUAGAUGGGUCGAGCUUUGAAAGGACAAUCAACUUCUGGCGUUGUUUCAUGUCACUUACACAGUUGCAUCAUUUUAUUCUGAAUCUCAUUCAUUCUUUUUGGUUUCCAUUUAUUUGAGCCAGUUUUAAUAAGGUGUGGACAAGUACCCACUACGCCAUAUUCUGUGCUUUACCAUCAAUAUGACAUGCUUUCGUAGCAAUUUAAGUCAUUCUGUGCCCUUACUCUAUUUCUGAAGUGUUUUUUUUUUUUUUUAUUAAUGAAGUCUCCGUACUAUACAGUUUUCCCUAGCACAAUGGCUUAAUUAACUUUAACUCUCACACUUUUAGUAUUGAAUGAUGUGAGCUUAGCAGCUGAGCUGUGACUGUGGUCCGAGGUGUUUUUGUGGACUGAUGUAGUGACCCCGUGGAAUGGGAAAAUGCUCCUGGGAUCCUUUUGCACAGAUAGAAUUGUCAUUCCUGGAUCUGCUAUAGAUAAAGCAUCCCAUCGUGGAAAUGGGAGAACUUUUUACUGCUCUUCUGAGCACCAGCGUUAUGCAGGCCUGCAAAUAUGCAGUGUUGAAGUCUGUACUUGUAACAAUUAGAAUUGUGUUACACACAACCAAGAUAAAAUAUUUAUCAUUGUUGCCCUGAGUCUCAACACUCUAGCUUAGACUGAUGGAAAUAUUUCCACAAUGUGGAAUGAUGCACAGUAAUGUCUGUUUUACAGUUUAUUAAUCUCUUGAGUAAUACUUAUGGUUAAUCAGCUUGCUUUUAACAUUAUUUGCUUUCCAAUAAAUGUGAUGGCCAGUGAUCAGCAAUUAUUUUGUUUGUAUGCAUAAUACAAGCAACAAAAGUAAGUUUCAUUCCUCUGGUCUCAUCCUGCCUGUCAGCAAGACCAUGGUAAACAUGACAAAACCACUUCAUUCACAAGACAGAAUCAUGUUGGACUGCUUGCUAAGACUUAAGAGGAGACAAUAGGCAUGCUCCACACAAACCACAAUGUAAGUGCAUUUGCUAGGUUUUGAUUAACAAUGUUGUUUUCUCAGUCUCCACCCCCUUAGCCACACUUACUCCUCUCUCAAAGCAUCCUUAUUUGGAGUACUUUGAAUAUGUGCUCAGCCUAAUAGGUCCAUAUAAGCAGAGCUGCUGAUAUUGUGUCACUCCACAGCCAGUCACUAUUCUUAUAAAUUUUAUUUGCACGAAGAUGGCUUUUAUUUAAAAUAAAAUAUAAAGAUAAUUAAGAGUGCUAUAUGGUUCAGGGUUUGCCCAGUAGAGGAACCCAGGUUAUGUGAAUAUCUAUAGUUUAUAUUUUUGUAUAUUCGUAUUCCCAGUAUAUUGGUUAUGUGUCAGUACAGUGCUUUACAACAUCUGUAAAAAUGCAUGAUAUUAACAUACUUUAAAAUUGUAAAUUAAAUGUUACUAUCAAAGGUAACGCACUCCU